AUGGCGGUCCCUGGACUCCUGUGGCUGGCACUCGCAGUACUGCGCGCACGGGGCGGGCCGGUGGAGAUUGGGAGUUUUGCCCCAGCGGUGACACAGUCCGCGGAGAUGGAGAACUUGACGGCGAUUACAUUUGAAGAGAAGGUCGUCAAACCGGUGAACGCUACGGGUCUCUCCAGCUACAUGGCCUUGGUGCUCUUCCAUCAUGAGAAGAACCCCUGGCCCCAGGGCUUUGAUGCCUUCCGGGGUGCCAAGAAGAGGCUGGAGAAUAGUGUGCGAGUGCGUGACAUCACGCUCUACCGCACGGUGCGCUUCUUUAUGGUUGACUGUACAAACCAGGGCGAGCUUUGCGAGCGCUACACCGACUUCUACCCGCGCAUCAACUGCUUCAGAUCCGGCUAUAUGCUGCCCUUCCGGAGGUCUUGGCACGAGGAUUCCCUGACCUAUUGGGUGGGCCGUGCGGUGCGGCCGGCCUUUAUGAUGGUGGACUCUUACGAGCAAUGGCUCACACAAAAAUCUCAGCCUAUCCCAUGCUUCAUCCUGGUCUCUGAAGUGGUGGACACCGAGUUGAUCGCUAUUUGGGAGGAGCUGGCGAUGGAAUUCAUUGAGUUCCGAAACUUCCACGUCGCCUGGGAUGGAGACAGCUGGUUUGGCUUCCCUGGGCCACGGCCCUUCGUACACGUGGUGGGCAGUAAGGACCUGAAUCUUUCACCCGCUCCCUUCGAGUUGGUGAAAGACAAGGAACUCAUCCGGGCGUGGAUCGCCAUCAGUUCCGUGCCGGUGCUUGGGAACUUGAACUGGUACUAUAGCUGGGAGCUCGUUCCACAAGAUUGGACGGUGGUGGCUUUGCGACACUACGACAACGAAACGGCGGUGAACGCCUUCAAGCAGAGGGCCGAGGUCUUGCGCGCCACGCUGCGCUACACCUUCUGCGCUAUGGACAUCUCCACCGAAGGUGGCAACGACUUUGCUAGGCGGGCCCCGCGGACCGCUGACCUCACGUGGGUUUGGCAGGGGGAAUUCAAUCGCGCGCAGGUGUGUGCUGGAUACUCUCCCCGGAACUAA